GGUUUUUUUUAAGAUCCUGAAAGGAUUGUACCCCCAAAUUUUAUCACAAACCUCUGUUUCUUCUGCUACAACGAGAUCUGCGUUAAAAAUCGGACCGAAUUAGCUGUGCUUCGAGUUCAUUAAUCCUUGAAUCUGACCCGUAAUCAUGGAUCUGAAUCCGCCUCCAGGAGAAAACUAUGCAAACCCAAGGAUAUGCUUCUUUCAUGUGCUUUUCAAGGCCGGAGCGUUAGCGUUUUACAUACUAUCAGCUCUCUUUUUUGACAGUUUCGUCAUAAUAUUUGUGGUUACUGUUCUUCUGUCUGCUCUUGAUUUUUGGGUGGUGAAAAAUGUCAGUGGUCGAAUCUUAGUCGGUUUGAGGUGGUGGAAUGAAAUUGAUGACGAUGGCGAGAGUGUGUGGAAAUUUGAAUGUCUUGACCAAGAGUCGCUGGCUCGUAUGAACAAAAAGGAUUCAUGGCUAUUCUGGUGGACUCUUUACUUGACUGCGGUUAUAUGGAUCUUCUUCGGAAUAUUUUCUCUGAUAAGGUUCCAAGCCGAUUAUCUCCUUGUUGUUGGAGUUUGCUUGACCCUUAGCAUUGCAAAUAUAGUUGGCUUUACAAAAUGCCGUAAAGAUGCGAAGAAGCAGAUUCAACAAUUUGCCUCCCAGACUAUCGCAAAUCGGUUCUCAUCUACAAUACAGUCUGCUUUUAGUGCGGUGUGAUUUCGGUACAGAAAGAACUUGGUUUGUUGUUGUACUUGGUGUAUGGUCCACGAUACUUACUCGGAUGUGGUAACAACCUUAGAUAAUACUAGUAGUCAAAACUCAAAAAAAGAAAACAAAUCUUUAAUCUAGCUUCUUACUUUCGAAGGAUACCUGCCUAGUGCAAGUUGUGUUUUACCUGACGUGUUGGUUUGUAGCGUAUAAGUGGGGGUCCCGUGGGGUUUUCGAGUUACUGAUUCUUAUGGCUAUAAAAAACUCAAAACUUGUUCUUGUUAUUCAACAUUUAUUAUUGUACUUAUUUGGAAAAUAACAUACAUAGGCACAUGAUGAAUAAUUACAGGUUAAACA